AUGAAACGAAGACUGGCGCGGAAAAAUUAUAACAAAGAACUCAAAAGAAGCAUAGAAGAAGUGGAGGAAAGCGUGUUAGAAGAGGCACCGCCAGCACCUGCGCAGCCCACAGAAUCUGUUUUAGAGGAGGCAGUGGAAAGUCCCCGGCCAUCACUUGGGGAUGGCACUCGGGUUUUAAUAGAGGCAGCAAGGAAUACUAUAUCCCGGCUUUUUGCUAUUAUGUUUCCUGAAGCAAGAGAAGCUCGUAGCACCAUGAUCGGCGCGGAAGCUCUCUCUUCUGUAGACAGCACACCAAGCAGCCCAGAUGUUCAUGUUGAGGGAAGCGCCCAGCCAGAAAACAGAGAGACCGGGGAAGAAGAGCCAGCUUCGGAGACAGCCUCUCCGCAAUAUAUUCCGCUUGAUGUAUUUAGAGCCAUUCUAUUGGCAGUGCAGAGCAUACGAGAAAAUCCGCUACCACAAGACUUUAUAAAUUCAGCUGAGUUUGAUACAUUUUUUAAUAACGUACCAAAUGAAAGUUCCACAGAACAAAACUCUCCACACGCACGCAGUAUUAUAUUUACAAUCACAUAUUACUUAGAAGAGAAUUCUCCUCAGCGAAAAACAGUAGGUAAAGAAGACUUAGAGGCAGAAAUACCCGAAGUAAAAGCAGAAGGGGGCGAAGGAGAGUGCCCAAUCUGCCUUCAGAAUAUAGAGAAAGAAGAAACUAUCCGAAAGCUGAUCUGCCACCAUACAUUCCACAGCGAAUGUGUGUCUGAGUGGCUGACUAGCUAUUCAAAUGAAUGCCCCAUGUGUAGAAAAGAAGCUGUCCCUCUUCCGGUUGAAGAGAGCACUAAAUAAAUGUUAAAUAAG